GACAUCGCGCGACGCGUUACGAUACCGCUACGAAAAACGACCGCCUCCGAUGCGUUCCGUACCUCUCGCGGCAAGCACGUGUCUCGCCCUUCGUGCUAUUUAAAGCGCUGCGUUUGAUCUAAUUCAGGUGAGCUGUAAAUGAGCAUGAGUGAGAGUGGAGCGCUCGAGCCUGUGACGACUUGAAAGUGUCUGUGACGUGAACUUACAGUGACAACUAUGUUUCACUUACGCAACGUUCAAAGAGACUGUUGUCGCACUCUCUCCCGGAAUAACAAGUUUCAAUUACGCCAACUUCAGUGCUAUCUAGUUUUUAAUCCUGCUUAAGUGAGAACACUUUUCGAAAAAAUGGCUUCUAUGUUUAAGGAAUGUUUUCUACUUUUUUUUAUAAUAAUGUGGCAAGUAACAAAUUUAAUAUCGGCUUGUCCUAAAAUAUGUGAAUGUAAAAAUAAUUCAACGUCAUGUCAAAUGUGUUCCUACAACGUGUCUCUUAAAGAAAGCGUAAAUAAAUAUCACGUGGAAGUUUGCUGUCAGAACGAUUCGACGCUGUUUAAUUGGAUACAAAACAAAAGUAAUAAAACUUUCGCGGAAGUUGUAAUACAGUAUAAAAGUACGUGCAAUACGAGCACGAUCGACUUCGACUUUCCUCAGCUAGAUACCUAUUCUGUUACGAUGACAAAUAAUAGUAUUAGCAGGCUACGGAUGAAUAUUAAAUUUAACAACGUUCAAGAAAUUGAUUUAUCGUCGAAUAAAUUGCAAUCAAUAAAUAAAGGAUUAUUUAAUAGCUUUAUAAACAUGCGAAAACUAAUAUUAAGAAGAAAUCACAUCAAUAAAAUAAAUGAAAAUAGUUUUAUUGGACUUUCAAAAUUAGAAACCUUGGAUAUGUCAGAAAAUAAUUUAACAAUUCUGACAAAUGUAUUCACGCCUCUGAAGAACCUUCAACAUCUAAAUUUAAGCAGGAACAACAUACAGUACAUCCACGAUAACUAUUUUAAUAAUUGGUUGCUUCAACAUUUGGAUAUAUCGCAUAACAACUUGAGAAAGGUGACACCGGGAGCUCUACAGCAAUUGCCGAAUCUCGCACGGUUGCUCCUAACAGAUAACCCGCAUUUAGGAAUUACACAGUUGGAUACCCAACUGUUAGUUGGUACCGGCCGCAGACUCCAACAAAUCGAUGCAUCGAGAACCGGCCUUUGCCAAGUUCCUGAAGCGUUCACCCAUUCCGUGCGCUUUUUGUCUCUUGUUGGAAAUAAAAUAACAUCAAUUAGAUGCGGGGAUCUCGAUAGUUAUCCUUUAUUACAAUCACUCGAUUUUUGUGACAAUAAGAUUAUAUCGAUUGAAGAUGAUUCCCUUGGAAGACUAGAAAUGUUAUUGUUUUUAAAUUUGAAUAAAAACUUUCUCUCUAAUGUACCAAGAUCACUACCAGAUGGGCUAAAAUAUCUAUCGCUUAAAGAGAAUUUGAUAAAAAAUCUUACUAAACCAGAUUUUAAAGAUUUACCUAAUUUACGUAUUUUGUUAUUAAAAUGUAAUCAAAUACAAUACAUUCAAGAUGGGAUAUUUGAAGAUUUAUUAUCAUUAGAGAUGUUAGACAUAUCGAAUAAUCCAAUUAAGUUGUUGUCAUCGAGUGUUUUCGAUGGACCUUUGUCCCUGAGAGAUCUGAGACUCUGUAAUUUAAAUAUAUCUGUACCUGAACAAGAUGGCUCGUUUCCUCUAUCUUCGCCUGAGAGCGUGCAAAUGCUCCAUCUUCAAUCUAGUCCCGGCUUAGCGAGACAAUUGUUAUCUGACUCAGCGGCUUUAGCAGCUUUUUCGCAUCUACAGUAUUUGGAUUUAAGAAUGAAUAAUCUUACACAAAUUCGCAACGAUUUAUUGUUUUAUUUAGGACAGCUGAAAACCUUAAGGUUACAUGGUAAUAUUAUAAAUUGUACUAAUGAACUGUGGCUAUCGGAUUGGAUGAACUCGAAUAAGAGUGUUUCUUACGGUGAAACAUGUUACUUCUCUACUUUAGAAGCAAAACCUGAAAUGUCUAAAUACAAUUGUACAUUUCCCGAAACAUUUACCAUCAGCGAGAGCUUACCCCCAGUUAAUUUAUAUAGUACUGAAAUGAUAAAUAAACUGUUGCGAUAUUAUGGCUAUUUGAACAAAAGUGAGAGGGUCAAACCUAACUAUAACAGUUCAGUUCCUAAACAUAACAAUGAUAUUAUAACCGGUGGUAAUAAAAAUAAAACGGAACACAGAAAAAUUGAUAGAGAAUUACUACAAGAAGAAGAUGAGUUAAAGACAUCGAGAAAUGAAAAUAAAAUUAUAUUGAAUGGUUAUUUAAAUGAAUCGAUUUAUGUCAAGAUGAGGGAAUCGUCAAAAAUUUUCGAUCAAAAUAAAGUUCAGAAUGAUCAACUCAAUGUCGACCAUAGGUUCCUUGAUAUUGAACCUUAUGUUCCUUUAUCAACACGAUCACCUAAGAACGAUAACCAAGAGGUAGAUGUAGGUAGUGGUAAGAAUUCGAGGAAACGAUUAAAUACACCACUUUCAAUGGCAGAAUCUAAGCUAUGGACUACGAAACGUAAUAUUUAUCAAGAAUCGGAUGUUACUGAGACGAAUACAGUAAAACCAAACGUAAGAUUAGAAUAUUCAUCAUAUAAAGAUACACAUACCAGUUACGCUCAAUACGUUGGUAUGAUUGCAGUGAUAUGCUUAAUACUGAUUUCAUUAAUACUCUGGGUCAGUUUUCGACUCAGAUAUAAAAGAAGACAACUCAGAGCUUGGAAUGUAGAUACGGAGGACCAAAUAGAAGUGUCGAAUAUUUCUGGGGGAGUGUUUUGGUGACACUUACGUGCAGCUGACCCAACGCCUUUUGAAUGCGAUUCUCUACUCACGUAGCAAUCAUUUUAAGGCGGUCGGCUGCAGAGCGUGGAAGUGUUUGUGAUAUAUCUGAACGUACAUAUUUUUUUAUGAAAUAAGUACAAAUAGAGAAAAAAUCUAAGCAGCUUAGAUUAGUUUUAACUGUUGUACAUAAUGUAAACACGUUUAAUUAAAUCAAAGUAGAUUGUAAUGAAUAAGCGUUACUUGUAAGCCAAGGUUCUGUAAAAUACAUUUAUAAAGCUCUCGUUUUUGUCAAGAAAAGAUUUUAUUUCAACUGUAAAUAUAUUACUAUGAAGAAUUCUAUGUACUUUAUAUAUAAUGAUGGCUGUUCGUAGCACGUCCACGAUUCAUGAAACAUUUCAGUGAGCUCGUAAUUAAAUUGUUAUCGCAAGAUUUGCUCUUUGCUCUAGACGAUGGAAGUUAGGAUCAGACGUCGUUACUGUUUGUGUAAAAGGCCGUGUGUGAACAUGACAUUUAAAUUUACUAUUAUUAACAGCCUGUAAAUGUCCCACUGCUGGGCUAAGGCCUCCUCUCCCUUUUUGAGGAGAAGGUUUGGAACUUAUUCCACCACGCUGCUCCAGUGCGGGUUGGAAUACUAUUACUAUUACUAUAAAAAUUUUAAUGGAUAUUGAGAUUAUAAUAUAUUCAGUUCUUAUGCCAUUCUACGACCUUUUCCACUUAAAAUAGCGUUUAUGUUA